AUGAGGUGUGGGUGCAGUAAGAUGGCGCAGCCGUCUGCGUGGUGACGUCAUGACGGAGAGCGCGUAACGCACAGCCGUAGAGUCGGCGCUCGGUGUAUUGCAGUCAUGUAUCGCACGCCAAUGCGCCGCGACUUGUCCCCGGACACCCCGGUGCAGUACAAGGAUAGUCCGCGCGCCCGAGAGGAUCGCUCCUGGUCCCGAGGCCGAUCCCCGCCCCGCCGCUCCCCCGGCAGACGCAGCCGCUCCCCGCCCCGCCGCUCCCCCGGCAGACGCAGCCGCUCCCCGCCCCGCCGAUCCCCCGGCAGACGCAGCCGAUCCCCCGUCCGCCAUGGUCGCUCCAACGAUAGACGAGGACGUUCCCGCUCCCGCCACCGAUCCCGCUCCAGACCCGGGGAACACGGCCGCUCCAGGUCCCGGGGCCGCCGCUCCCGCUCCAGACCCCGCCGCUCCCGCUCCAGGCCCCGCCGCUCCCCGUCCCCGUACAGCAAGUACCCGGCCCGGCGCCGCUCCCCAGAAGACCCGUACCGCUACCAGAGCCGCGGAGAUCCGCAUCGCCUCUCCCCGAGCUAUCGUUCCAGUACAGUCAGUGACCACCGCCCCCGUUCCAGCUCACGUGAUCGUGACAGGUCCAGUGGUACAAAGCCGUAUGAUUCCUCAUCAUCACAUGUAUACCAGAGCUCCAGUGACUCCCACUCUAAGCCGCUGCUUAUGCCCAAGAAGUCUAUACUGAAGAAACGCAUGGACGUGGAGCCAGCUAGCCGAGACCAGUCUCCUCAGGUUGACAACUUGUCAAGUAACAAAGAUGAGAGAAGUGUUAGCUCUGCAGGGGCAGGAAAAAGUGUGGAACAGAAUAGCCUGACCACAGACAGCCAACAUCUGAGUUCGCUUCCUAUGGCGGUUAAGAUGGGUCUCCUCGAUUCCAGCGCCUCUAGCUUUUCUGCUUCAGCAGCGGCACAGACAACUGAAUCUCCUCAUCCACAUGGCAGCUCCCAGCCCAUAGUAGCAACAACAAGCUGGACGCUUAGCAGCAGUGCGAAGAUUGGUAUGGAAGGAAGCGUCACGGGUCAGAACCCUUUGUGUGAGCAGACAGGUGGCCCCACUGUGUCCCCGUACUCCUCUACUUUAGGGAACAUGCUGUUUAACAAAAGUGUCCCCAAUUCUCAGGCUGUGCCGUUCAGCGGUAUGAACGUCUUCCCGGAGCAUAAGGAAGACUCACAGAAGGGGCCAGACCAGUCUUCACUCCUGAGUAAAACUCUGGAUCCAAAGCAGAAACGCUCCACUGAGAUUGAGGAUGAGGAACGGUUCCUUUAUGGGGACGAGGACGAUAAGAAGCCGGAGCAUCAGAAAGCUUCUUCUGUCAAUACAGUACCCGCUUUGCCAGCCAAGGGCUCACCAAACAAGCAGGAGUUUGAGAAGAUCCAUGACCUGCUCAAGACCAUUGGCCUGGAUAUUGGUGUUGCAGAAAUUGGGGAGCUUGCUGUCAGAACACAAGAGCGGCUUCAUGGAAAGAAAUUAGUGCCCAAGAUGUCGCAGCCUGCAUCUGAGAAGCCACAGAGCACGUCCUCUGCCAACCCCAAGGCUGAAGUCUCCGAUCCACAAGUCAAGACUGAAAAGACUGGGAAACUAGAAGCAGCAGCGAAUACCAAGCCGCCAUUAAAACCAGCUUUAAAAGAGACCACACCGCCAGUGAUGCAGCAGAACCCAGCCCCCGUUCCGAAAGAGAAACCCCAACUUAUAUUACGGAAACCUUUACCUAAGGAGACACCAAAAGUAGAGAUCCCUGUCCAACCACCCACCGCCCCGUCGCCUGUUGUCCAACCACCCACCGCCCCGUCGCCUGUCCAACCACCCACCGUCCCGCUGCCUGUCGUCCAACCACCCACCGUCCCGCCGCCUGUCGUCCAGCCACCCACUGUCCAGCCACCCAUCGUCAGCCCUGUGCCCGAUCCCACACCGCCUCCAAUAAGUCCCUCUCAAAUCCCUGUCUACACCCCGUACCCACAUACCCCAAUGGUCCCCAGAUAUAACAUGCCACCUCCAAACUACAAUCCUUAUACACCCUAUGUGUCAUAUCCUACCUCCAACUGGACCAUGUAUUCACAGAUGCCUCCCCAGCAACCCCCUCCUCAGAUCAUGACCCCACCGGCCCCUCAUAUGAGUGUUCCUGUCAGUACACCCACUCCACAGUACAACCCCCGCAGCAACUUGCGCGUUAUUGAAACCACUGAAGAUCUUACAGAAGCUAAAGCUGCUGUCAAACCUGAUGCCAAACCCACCACUCCAUUGGCAGCGUUGCUGGCGAAACAGGAAGCCGAGCGCAAAAACAAAGAAUCUGAGAAACUCAAAGUCUUGGAGGAGCUGGACUCUGUUAGGAAGGAGCACAAGGUAAAGAAGGAGAACUUGAAGACCCUCAGCGCGAAGGUAGAUCAGUUACGCAUCCAGCAGGGUAUACUCCUGCGGAAAAAGCGUAGAGAGAAGGAUGGACACAAGGAUCCUCUGCUGGAGGAGCUGAAUAACGUGUUGGAGAGUGCCCUUAAGCAGAUGACCUCGCUGUGCGAGGAGAUCGACACCUGGAGACACAAGCAACACCAGCUCAUCAAAGUGGCGGAGAUCCUUGGUGUCAGCCCCAGUGACCUGGCCGAGAAGAGCGAACCUAAGAAAGAAAGGAGCCCAGGUUCGCCAAGCAGGAACUCUGACACUGAUUUGAGAACCAAUAGUGACUCCUCAAAGUCUGCUAAUGACUUGAAGGCCAACAACGACCAAACUUUUAAGGCUGAUGUUAAAGCCAAGAGUAUCUCUAAAUCUGGAGAUGACACAAAGUCAAUGGGCACUUCCAAACUAUCCAGCGUCACAAAGUCAGAAGACGUGAAGGUUAAAGCUACACCACCCAGGCAAAGCCCCAACCAUAAGAACUCUCCAGAGCCCCGCUCACCUUACUUAUCGAAGUCUGAUGAUGUUAAAAAGUCAAGGGACAAAUCACGGUCAAAAAGCCCCCGACCCUGUUCGCCUUCCUCUAAGAAAUCCUCCAGGUCUGAGGAACCUCCGCCUUUUCGUUUGUCUGAAAUCUUUGAAUUUUAUGAUUCUGGCUCACAUUGGUGUGAGGACUGUAAUGCUAUCUGCUUGACGCUGUCUGAAUUCCUGCUUCACUUGCACGAUAAGAAGCACAACCAGUGUGUAAAGGAGGAGCAGACGCCAUGGGUAAAAAAAACCAUUCAAGGGAUGGAACCAAAGAAGCAGAAAGUGAAUAUUCCUCUCAAAGGUUCAGAGUUCAUGGUCCCAGUAAGCGGCUACUACUGCAAUCUAUGUAAGGAGCUGUUUCCGGAUCACAUCUCUGCCGAAGAACAUUUAAGAGCUUAUGCCCACAAUGAUAAGUACAAGAAACACACCGAUGUGAACAUAGACUAUGAAAAGCAGCGUCGCGAGAAGAAGAAGGCAAGCUUGAUGGCAGCUCAGGAGGCGUCUCGUAUACUAGCAGAGCAGAAACGCAAACUGGCAGACCAGAAACAUGAAGCCCACGAGCAUAGCAGAUCUAAGAAGGCAAAGAAAGAAGAGCACGAAGAAGAAAGAAAGUCCAAAUCUAAGCAUCACGCAUCUGCCUCCCCACCCUCCUCCAACCAGAAACGCAAUAAGAUGCCAGAAAAGGAAUCUCAGAAGAAUCAGAGACUCAAUAAGACACCAGAAAAUGAGUCUUCAAAGAAUCAAAAAUGCAGUAAGACACCAGAAAAGGAGCCUAAGAGUAAUCAGAAAUGCAAUAAGACACCAGAAAAGGAGCCUAUGAAGAAUCAGAAACGCAAUAAGACCCCAGAAAAGGAUUCUUCGAAGAAUCAGAAACGCAGUAAGACCCCAGAAAAGGAGCCUUCAAAGAAUCAGAAACGCAGUAAAACACCAGAAAAGGAGCCUCCAAAGAAUCCAUCGUUAAAGUUUUUCUGGAAAACGUCAGAAAACAAAAAUCCGGCAGCUGUCGGCGCUUCAGUGUUAAAUAUACGGAAGGAAGAGGAGCCCAAAACUCUAAGUUUGAAGCCAAAGGGUUUUGCAAUAAAACUUCUAGGGAAAUCCAGCACCCUACCAGGAAAUGCCUUGUCCCCUUCUCAUUCGGUAACCCCCACUACAGUUACCUCUGCUGCUCCUGCAACCUCUGCUGCUUCAUCAUCUCCCACCACUUCCACCUCACAAACUAAAGUCAGACCAAACCUGCCUAGUGUAGUAAAUGUUCGUGCAGCAACCCCUGCGGUAACAAUGAGCAAACCUGCUCCACUCAACACAUUCCUGUCUAUAAAGUCUUCAAAUUCAACAUCGAAAUCUCUCCCUGUAGUUAAGAACAAACCCACAAGUGUCAAUCAGGAGGACAUGGUCUCUAAAGCUUUAGGAGGAGGAGUCCUACUUAAAGACAGUACUCACCCAGAAUCCACAGAUAAACCUGCCAAUAAGGAUCAGGAGGAGACAACGGUAAAGAGCCCAAAAGUUGUGCAUAUAAUUAAAAAACAAGACUACUUAUUCAAUGUUCUCGUUAGUAAAAAGGAGAUCAUAGAAAAUGACAACAAGGAGGUCAAGAGUGAAAAGGAGAGUCCAGGUUCAAAGAAUCCUCAGCUUCCAUUUUCCCAGAAAUCUGGUUCUGUUUCCACCAGCACUUCAGGUCCUGACAUACAAGUGCAAAGCUCAGGAUCUAAUGUGCAACAGACACAGAACGCAAAGUCACCUGUUCAAAAUCCUGCUUCAUCUCCAGUUAGCAGCACAGCACCUGUUAAAUUUUCCAUUAGCAGCUCUAUCAACAGUUCAUUUAACAAUGCAAAAGCAGACAGCACCAGCAACCAACAGACUGGUAAAGCUGAACUCAUUACAAUAAAAGAAGAAAGUGGAGUCCAGGCACCACCACAAGCAAAGGCUUCCUCACAGUUAGAAAAGGAGACUCCAAAAGAGGUUAAGGCCUCUGCAUUUUCCAUUAAUCCUGUGACCGGUCGGUUUGAGUAUUUACCUGUACAAGAAACAAAACCCAAGGACACAAAUAUCCAGAAAGUGCCAGAAACCAAAUCCAUGUCAAUAGCAGUUAGCCAUGUCAGCAGUGUUAAACCAAACAAACCAGCCUCGACCCCUUUGGUACCAAUGAUGAAGCCACGAUCCACUUUCAAUGCUACUACCAGACUUAAUCAAAAAUUUAAGAAAGCUCCAUUGUCCUUGCCAAGUUCUCUGUUUGGUCACAUACAAGAUACAGGUUGUAAAGACAUCAAAAUCACAUCUGUAGAAUCUCAAAAGACCAAUCUACUUUCGCCGGUGCAGAACAAAUCUUCUCCCGGCUCAUGGGCUAAACCAAGCCCUGUCAACCCCAGCACCAUGCAGCAAGAACUUGACUCGUAUUACAAGCUCAUUGCAACUGAAGAAGAUCCUGAAGACCUAACUACAUCUGAAGACCAAGACUCAGAAGUUGCACCUCAGCUUAUGAAUGUUGUCGGAAUUCCCCAUCAAACAAAGGAAGAAUGUCCACCAGACAAAGUGAAACUAGAAAGGGAACCUCCUGUGCAAGCACCAAUCAUACCAGAUGAUUCAGGAGAAGACCUCGAUGAUUCUGACAUGGCGUGUGAAGUUCCUGAUGUCUCAUUGAAUUCUUUAUCUGGGUGGAACUUCAUGCAGUCCAGUUAUGCAUCAAGUAAAGUAUAUGGAAGCAGCAACCAGCAGCCAUGGAAUUUGGCAUCUGAAAACAGAUUAAUUAUCCAGGAGAAAUCCACAAUAGCACAAGUGACCACAGUGGCCAAUCCUGAAAAUUCCAUGGAAGAUCUAUCUGUGUAUGUCACGUGUGAUUCUGACUAGCACCUCACGGAAAGUGAUCCACUACUUGUGAUCACCAUCCCACAGAUUUUCUCAAGGUGAAUCAGACCUGGAAAACGGAGACAGACCUAGGUCGAGAUUGUAUGGACACCACUAGUGAAUGUUUGUGUUUAUUGUUAUCUAUGAUGGUUGUAGUAAAGAGCUGUGUGUACUUGUAUUUGUUGAGCAAGGAUUCUAUUCAUCCUGUAUCCUGAAUACGCAUAGUUGGGCUCAAAAUGCUCCGUAUAGUCAUUUAUACAAGUGGAGGUUACGGUGGACUUUUAGGGGGUCAGGUAUUGUUCACAGAUCUGGGACCCCUUAAUAUGAUUGUUUCUGUUCUGAUGCUCAGCAUAUAUGGUGGAGUUUAAUUGAGCACACUUACCAAACACAGGUGCACCCACACCCAGAAAUCCUGAUCUUCACCUUGGAUUGUCAUCAGCAUCUUGGUUUUACUUAUAUUAUUGUUUUAACAUUCCAUUUCUUACAUGUGUGUGAACUCUACUCAUCGAGGGCAUCUGCUGUGUGGGCCGGCUCACUCGUUGCAUAGAUGUAAAUGUCUUUUCCACUGUUUGCACUCUUAAUUUAGUUUGGUUCUGCAACCCUUUGAUUUUGGUGCAUCUGGUAAGAAUCUUCGACUGAGGUCUUUCCCCCAAGAGACAUGAAGGUUGAUCCUGGAGAUGGUAUCCAGGAAUUAGAUAUUGUGUACAUAUUGACCCUGUUCUGGGUCACUGCAUGUUGUUUUGUUUUUUCUCUUUUCAGUUUGUUAUAUAAUAUAUGAAGAAGACCCGGAGGAGGACGUCAUGCUAAAGUCUUCUUAGGAGUGUUGUAAUCCAGAAGGAUCCUGAGCAUUUCAAUAAAAGGCUUU